CUUGUCGGGAAAACAGUUCUUCUCUUUCACACCAUUUCUAGUCACUAUGAUUUUGGUAUUUUAUAUAAUAUAAUGUAUAUUAUAUUUAUACAGUUAUUUCAUGUGACAAGCUUUUUAGCAGAAUUUACUCGUUUGAAGUGUAUACAUAUACAUAUACAUAUACGAUGAUGAUGAUGAUGAAGAAAAUGAUGCUCUACUGCCAGCUUGGGGUUGAAGCUGCAUGGACAGCCAUAAAUGUCAAGCUUCUUCUCUGUAUAUAUAGGACAAGAGAAAGAGAGUUGGGAGGGUGACCGAUCAAUUACAAGACGACUGCUUUCUUUUCCUUCCUGUCCUUUCACGUGCCGCCCGUCUUCUCCGGCCACCGUUUCAGUUUCUCCUGUUCCGGUCAGUGGAUCUCCGGCGCACACACACCCUCACACAUAUAAAGCCAAGUGCUUGCCCGCUUCUACAUGUAUAACUUGAUGGCCGCUGUUACACUAGUGGUAGUCGUGUCCGUAAUUCUCCUUGUCUCCUUGGCUUUGGCCGCCGGCGACCGGAGCUUGCAAGAGGACUUCACCGAGUACAAAGCGCGAGCAAUUCAUUUUGUACGGCGGGACGGCCAUGUGGGUUACCGUCAUCAUUGGCCAGGCAUGAAAUUUGGGUGGAGAAUCGUGGUGGGGACUGUGAUUGGCUUCCUCGGAGCAGCUUUUGGGAGCGUCGGCGGAGUCGGCGGCGGCGGCAUCUUCGUCCCCAUGCUCACUCUCAUCAUCGGGUUCGACCCCAAAUCCUCCACCGCCAUGUCUAAAUGUAUGAUAACGGGCGCGGCGGCGACGACAGUGUACUACAAUCUGAGGCUGAGGCAUCCGAAUACGGCGGACCAACCCAUCAUAGACUACGAGCUGGCGCUGCUAUUCCAGCCGAUGUUGAUGCUGGGAAUCAGCGUUGGCGUCGCCUUCAAUGUUAUCUUCGCCAACUGGAUGGUUACAAUCUUGCUCAUUGUGCUGUUUAUAGUGACAUCAAGCAAGGCCUUCCUCAGGGGCAUAGAGACAUGGAAGAAGGAGACUAUUGUUAAAAGGGAGGCUGCUGCACGCUUGGCAUCUAAUGGUGGGGAUGGGGGUGGGGGUGGAGGUGGAGGUGGGGGUCAGCAGCUGGAAGGCCAAGCGGAAUCCAAUGAAUCCAAAGCAUCAGAAGAGGUUUCCAUUAUGGAGAAUAUUCAGUGGAAACAGCUCGCCAUACUGAUUGCUGUUUGGGCCAGCAUCCUCGCCCUCCAGAUUCUCAAGAAUAAAACCACCACAUGUUCUGCGGCAUAUUGGGCAUUAAAUUCGUUGCAGAUACCGAUUGCGGUGGGGGCAUCGGCUUACCAAGCAGUAAGAUUGUACAAAGGGCGGAGUGAAAUAUCAUCAAAGGGAGAAGGACGAAAAGCCAUGAGAGUGCACCGUUUGCUUCUUUACUGUUUCUGCGGCAUUCUCGCCGGCGUUGUCGGCGGCCUGCUUGGACUCGGCGGAGGAUUCAUUAUGGCCCCUUUGUUUCUCGAGCUUGGAAUCCAUCCCCAGGUUUCGAGUGCGACAGCAACCUUUAUCAUGAUGUUCUCUUCAUCCAUGUCAGUUGUGGAGUACUACCUUCUAAAACGCUUUCCAAUUCCAUACGCUCUCUACUUUGGGGGAGUGGCUAUGGUGGCUGCGUUCUCGGGGCAGCAUGUGGUGACAAGAGCAAUUGCAAUUCUGGGGAGGGCAUCCUUGAUCAUCUUCAUUCUUGCCAUCACAAUCUUCAUCAGUGCAAUCUUACUAGGUGGAGUUGGCAUAUCAAACAUGGUGAAAAGGAUGGAAAGGAAGGAGUACAUGGGCUUUGAUGACAUUUGCUCGUACUAGGUUUAGGUUAAAAUUAUUGUAACCCACAAACUAAUUCGAUGAGGACGUAUAUAUAUAAUUAAUAUCCCCCAUGUAGCAUCAAAGAUUAAUUAAUAAUAGAUCAAUCCCCUCAUUCAGUCCCUUAUCAUGACUUUUUCCUUUUAGUUUCUUCUUUUUCUAAUUUAAUGUGUCUCCAAACACGAGGGGACUCUCAGAUUCUAUUGGAGAGAUUUUUAAAAGAAUG